GGGUGCCCAAGCGCUCGAUCCGGGAGAGGCUGCAGCCGGGUCGGGGCGCGGAUGCUGGAAGUUCACAUUCCCUCGGUGGGGCCCGAGGCCGAAGGGCCCAGGCAGAGUCCAGAGAAAGGCCACAUGGUGUUCCAAGUGGAGGUGCUGUACAGCGGACGCAGACACACCGUGCCGCGGCGCUACAGCGAGUUCCACGCUCUACACAAGCGGAUCAAGAAACGGUACAAAGUGCCUGACUUUCCCUCAAAACGCCUGCCCAACUGGAGGACCAGAGGACUGGAACAGCGCCGGCAGGGAUUAGAGACCUACAUCCAGGGCAUCCUGUACCUGAAUCAGGAUGUGCCCAAGGAGUUACUGGAAUUCUUGAGACUUAGACAUUUCCCUACAGACUCCAAGACCAGCAGCUGGAGCACCCUGGGGGAAUUCCUGCCUAGUGACACCAGCUCCCAGCUGCACCACCGGCCGGUCAUUGGCUUCUGUAUGGAUCCCUACGUUUGCACCCCUUCCCCAGAACCUCUCCCAGAAGUGGUGGUGGACGGCGUGCUCCAGGGUCUUUAUGGCUUCAGCACCAGCCCGGUACCAGCCCAGCCAGAGGCUAACUGUCAUCCUGCUCCAUCACUAGUGCCCUGACUAGCCCAGGCAUUGGGCCACCUUUCAGGACAGCUAUGUGCCUCAGUCUCAGGAAAAUGGGUCUUCCCUUGGACUAGACUCAGGUGUAACUGGCUGAGGCUCAGAUGUGCCCAUCCCCACUCAAAGCUCUGAGCCUGGUUUGCACUGACAGCUGUAGCUGGUAGAACUCAAGACUCUUAAAAGCCCAGGGGUCGUGGCGAAGUCAAGAUAAAGAGAAAGGUGUGAGGUAAUUUCAGAGGUAGGCUGAGAAGAGUCAGGUGUAUUUUCUAGCCCAGCCUGACAGGUGUAAGCUUAAGAUGAGGCACAGGAGCUAGCUAGAAAGUCUCUGCCUGGUGAGUGGGUGGGUUGCACUAGUACAGGCUAAGGCAGGAACCCGGGGGAGGAGCAUGCGUCCAUCAGCACAGAAGAGUCCCACACAGGGACACACACUCAGGACAGGUGUUAUAUACACCCCCAAACACAGCCCACACCCAAGCUAUAAAAAAAACCCACUUUAUUGAUCAGCAUUGGUAGUUUUUUAUAAAAAUCAGGCCUGUGGAAUGUGAGGGGUGUGGUCACCCCAUCAGAUGGAAGCACUAGGGCCAGGGUGGCACAGAACCUUGUGACUGGCUACCUUCGUCUGUGUGGGGAUUGACAGGACCCACACAGACAGCUGCUUAGAGGGAUGAGGUCCCCCAGGCUCUCUACUCCUUGGCAAUGGCGAAGGGUUUCUCCACUUCGAUCUUGCCGGAGUCGACAAUGAUGACAUCCUUCAGUGGCUUGUCCCGGCUGUCUGUCUUGGUGCUCUCCACCUUCCGUACCACAUCCUAGACAGGAAAGGCAGGAGAGGAGAGGUUGAGCGGGGGUCAAGAGGCACACUCCUGGGAGAGAGCCCCACAUAGGUGAACACAGAACACGAUGCUGGACAGCUGAUCCAACGCUGCUCAGACGUGAUUCCGAACACCCCUGACUCCAUGAGUGACCAAACAGGACCCCGCAGCCGGACAAACUCAGCCAGGUCUUCUGGAUGGGUUGUCUGGGGCCUAGGACUUAGAGCCUUGGGGGCACGGAGCUCCGAUUGUGGUGCUGGGGAUUAACUCAGGGCCGCAAGCAUUCCAGGUUAAGCCUCUCACAGAGCCAACCACACGGGCACUCUCAAACGUGGUCCCAGGUUGUCCAGCCUAGACUCUGACUCCCGAGUUCAAGUGAUCCCCUAGCCUCAGCCUCCUGAAAGCUAGGACCAUAGGCAUGUGCGAGGCACCUGGCCAGGCUGUUUAUUCUUGACACUCCCCACCUCCAUGCCAGGUUAGGAAGAACCAGUGCCCCUGACCUGUCUGUAUCUGUGGCUUAGGCGCCUUUGGGGAAAAGAUUUCCUACUUGAAGCCCUUGCCCGUUCCAGCUGGAUCCUUGGUGAGGACUACCGAGGUUUAACCUCCACAUUUUAACUUACCAUGCCCUCUAGAACUUUGCCGAAAACCACAUGCUUGCCAUCCAGCCAGGAGGUCUUGACUGUGGUUAUGAAGAACUGUGAGCCAUUGGUGUCUUUGCCUGCAUUGGCCAUGCUCACCCAGCCAGGCCCGUAGUGCUUCAGCUUGAAGUUCUCAUCUGGGAAGCGCUCACCAUAGAUGCUCUUUCCUAGGAAGAGGCAGAGCAGGUCAGGGAGGGGGGGCUGACCCCAAACAGCAGGUGCCUGGGCGAGGAUCUGUCCUUGUUAGGCUAGGCUUUGGUGGCAAACAAGGACAGAUGUCUUCUGUCUUCUACCCAAGCUGUCAGGACCAAGACCACCUAGGGUGUGAGGCCAGGCUGGGGGCGUGGGUGUAGAAUCCUUCAGAAAAGGGCUGCUGUAACCUUCCCAGGGUUACAAAACAGGUGCAGCUUCGGGGGGAGGGGGGAGUUAGAACUCCUAUUUGUUUUUACCAAGGAACAUAAAAUAAAAGAUGCCCAUG